CACACACACACACACACACACGGCUGGGAAAAAUCUGGCCUAGAAGCUAAUUUAUAUUCAAGGCGUCACUCAGCAGCUCAGAAGGGGCAGGGCCAUGGAAUCUGUCCAAUCAGCACCGGCGGUAGAUGAAUUUUUGGCGGACACACUGCGCCUGCGCUGGGGACGUGGCCGUUCCUUCUGGCCGCAGGAGAUUGGGUCUCCGCUGGUUAUGACGCUGUGUUCUUUGUCGCGCUGUCACCCCAAGUGCUGAGGGUUCCUCGUGAAGACUGUUGGUGACGCCAGCAGCAGGAAGAUGGCAGUGGACUCAGUGGACUUUGAGGAUGUGGCUGUGAAGUUCACCCUGGAAGAGUGGGCUCUGUUGGAUCCUUCACAGAAGAGACUCUACAGAGAUGUGAUGCGGGAAACCAUCAGGAACCUGACUGCUGUGGGGAAAAAAUGGAAAGACUGGAACAUAGAAGAUGAUGACCCAAAUGUGGGGAGAAAUCUAAGAAGCUAUAUGGUGACGCAACUGUGUGAAAAUAAAACUAGUGCUCAGAGUCAAGAAAACAGCAGAAUAUCAAAUCUGUGUCUCAUCGAGGAAACUCAAAGCUGCGGAGCAGCAUGUAAAGGCAGCUUAUGUGAAAAAGUCGUCAUGUAUCCAGCAAUCCUUAGUAAGCACUUCAGAUCACAUCCUGGCUGCAGGCCAUUCAAGAGUCAGAAAUUUAGAAAGAAGCCAUACGAAUGUAGGGAAUGUGGUAAAGCAUUCAUUUAUCACCAGUGUCUUCGGAACCAUGAGAGUACUCACAGUGCAGAGAAACCUUAUGAAUGCAAACAGUGUGGCCGGGGUUUCACAUUUCUCAGUUCCUUUCAAAAGCAUGAAAGAAGUCAUAUUAGGGAAAAGAGCUAUCAGUGUAAGGAAUGUGGGAAAGUCUUUUUUGGUCGCCAAACAUUUAAGGUACAUAUGAACAUACACACUGGAACGAAAUUCUACCAGUGUAAGUACUGCGGAAAACCCUUCCUGUAUUACUCAUCGUAUAAAACUCAUGAAAAGUCUCAUUCUAGAGAGAGUUCUUCCGAAGGUAGACAGUGUUGUGAAUCCUUCAGUGUCCCAGUAAAUCUGCAAUAUCAUGAAAGCACUCAUGCUACAGAAAAAUUUUGUAAAUGUACAGUAUGUGGUAAAGACAUCACAUGUCCUUGGGUCUUUCCAUUACAUAAAAAUACUUACACUGGAGAGAAACUUCACAAAUGCCAGGAAUGUGGGAAUUCCUUUGUUUGUCUUACAGGGCUUCAGAGGCCCAUGACAGUGGACACUAGAGAGCGACCUUGUAAGUGUACAGAAUGUGGGAAGGCUUCCAGGACUUCAUGCUUCUGUGAAGUACAUGGAAGAAUUCAUACCGCAGAAAAACCUUACACCUGUAAUUGGUGUGGUAAAGCAUUCAGGGAUUCUGAUACACUUCAAGAUCAUGAAAUAAUGCAUAGUGGAGAGAAACUCUAUCAGUGUAAAAUGUGUCAUAGAGCCUUCAAUAAUUCAAGCUCAGUUCAAGUUCAUGAAAGAACUCACAGUGGAGAGAAACCCUAUGAGUGCGAACAGUGUGGAAAGACCUUCACUCGUUCCAAUGUUCUGCGAAUGCAUGAAAGAAUUCACAGUGGAGAAAAACCCUACAAAUGUGAACAAUGUGGAAAGGCCUUUAAUUAUUCUCAUUCCCUCCGCCUCCAUGAAAGAACUCAUAGUGGAGAGAAACCCUAUGAAUGUCAACAAUGUGGAAAGGCUUUCACUCAUUCUAGUGGUCUACGAGCACAUGAAAAAAUUCACAGUGGAGAAAAACCCUAUGAAUGUCAACAAUGUGGAAAGGCUUUCAAUUACUCUAAUUCUCUCCGAGUCCAUGAAAGAAUUCACAGUGGAGAGAAGCCCUAUGAGUGUCGGCAGUGUGGAAAGGCUUUCCAUUCUUCUAAUUCUUUCCGAGUCCAUGAAAGAACUCACAGCGGAGAGAAACCCUAUGAAUGUCAACAAUGUGGAAAGGCUUUUGCUAGUUCCUGUUACCUUCAUGUUCAUGAAAGAACUCACCGUGGAGAGAAACCCUAUGAAUGUGAACAGUGUGGAAAGGCCUUCAAUUACUCUAAUUCUCUCCGAGUCCAUGAAAGAACUCAUAGUGGAGAGAAGCCCUAUGAGUGUCAACAAUGUGGAAAGACUUUCACUUGUUCUGGUGCCCUCCACGUGCAUGAAAGAAUUCACAGUGGAGAGAAACCCUAUGAAUGUGAACAGUGUAAUAAGGCCUUCACUUAUUCCCACUCUUUGAAGGUCCAUAUAAGGUCACACUAUCGAGAAAUGCUGUGAAUGUAAAUAUGGUUGGAAGGCCUUCGAUGUUCCAGUUAUACUGGAGUAUAUGGGAAUACUCACUGAAGAGAAAAAUAUAGCAAGAGCUUCACUUAGUCAAGUGACAUUUGAGAAUAUAAAACAGAAAAACUCCAAACCGAUCGAUUUCUGGGAGAGAAACACUGCAUGUGAAAAGAAUGAAGUAGAGCUAAGCACUUACUUUUCUGCGUCAUUGCGUCACACUUCAUAGAGUGAAAUUUUUUGAAAUGUAAGGUAUAUGGAAAAGCCAUCUCAUCACACAGUGCUUUGAGUACACAUGAGAAUUUACUGUGGGGAGAAAUCCUAUAAAUAUAAAAAAUGUCAAAAAAAUUUCAGUCAUUUUUGUUCAUUUUGAAAAUACUAGAUCAUUGUGCUCUCUCCCCCACUCCCGGGCUCUGUACUGAGGAUUGAACUCAGGACCUUGCACUUGCCAGGCAGGGGCUGUGCCACUGAGCUACAUCACCGAUGCUCUCACUUUGUUUUUGAGACUGGCUCUCCAUUAAUUGGUAAAUUGCACAGACUGGGCUUAACCCUGUGAUCCUCCUGCCUCAGCCUGUCAUCGCCCUGGGUCUAUAGGUGUGUGUGUUACACUUAGCUGAGAACAAUUUUUUGAUAGUCAGAAAUACUGGAAAGCCUUUGUGAGGCCUACAUCCUUAGAAGAGUAUGUUGCAUUGCCCACUGGGUAUAAGCAUAAGCAUUUGAAAAAUGGGUGAGACAUUUUUUAACUGUUAUAGCUCUUUUUUAUUUUUCAUUAUU